CAAACUUCAACCUCCAUCCCUCACUUACUCUUGAUCUAUGGUAAUUAGAACCAUGCAAAUCUGUUUGACAGCGAUUUGAAGUGGGACAGGAGCCCCGUCAGAUAUGAAAUACCACCCAUCCAAUUAUCCGUGAACUUUCAUGGCGAACACAAGAGACGACACGAACUUGACAUUUAUCUCUUCCCAUUAAGCUGCCAAAGGUUGAAAAGCAGAUUCACCGCAAAAGGUCUUUGGAAUCUCUAGAACAUACUUCCAUCAUGGCGCGAUCGGCGGCAGGGGUUUCGCCCCUUAUGCCACGGUCUCCAUCAAACAUGAAUAUUGCAAUGUCGCCAUCUCGUGCGAAGGCUCUCGCCAUGAGGGAGUCCAUAUUCAAGCAACAACACGAUGUGGUAACAUCAGCCCAAAAGCCAUCCGCUGAUUACGACAUGGCAGAACAAAUGAACGAGGAAAUCAGCAACAAGUAUGUCAAAGGCAAAAAAUUGGGCGAAGGCACCUACGCCAUCGUCUACAAAGGUCAUUUGAGAUCUAACCCUAAUGUUCUGGUUGCCAUCAAAAAAUUCAAGGUGGAUCCUUCGCAGCAGCGUGAAGGUCUCAAUGUCGACACCAUCCGAGAAAUCAAGUAUCUACAAGAAAUCUCUCACCCCAGCAUCGUCGCCUUGCUAGACGUCUUCUCUUCAAAGGAUCAAAAUAUCAACAUGGUCAUUGAAUAUUUUUCCAACGGUAACCUGGAAGAGUUGAUCCGGGACAAAUCGGUGAGUUACGGCGCGGCUGAUGUCAAGGCAUGGAUGGGCAUGCUUUGUCGAGCAAUCUACUAUUGUCACUCUCAUUUUAUCCUACAUCGCGAUAUCAAGCCCAAUAACUUGCUCAUUGCUGCCAAUGGUGAAGUCAAGUUGGCCGAUUUCGGUCUGGCCAGAUCAUUUGGCGAUCCUCGAUACCAGAUGACUUCGGCAGUGAUAACGUUGUGGUAUCGGCCUCCUGAGUUGCUGUUUGGUGCAAGGCAGUACAGUGGAGCCGUAGACAUGUGGAGCAUCGGAAUGGUGUUUGCCGAAUUGCUGAUCCGGCGACCCUAUGCGGCGGCCGAUGUUGCAGAUCAACAAGUCCUAGCUAGUGGCGGAGGCACGGUUGCUCAGCUCGACAAGAUCUGUGAAGCAGUGGGAACUCCGACGGAAGAGAAUUGGCCAGGUGUCUCGAAGCUUAAGGACUGGUUUCAACUCGAUAAGAACGUUCCGGUCAGGGACAAGACCUUUUACAUGCAAAUGUUCCCGACCGCGGGUCCGGUGGGUGUGGAUUUGUUGAUGGCAAUGCUCAAGCUGGAUCCAAGGAAGCGUGUCACUGCAAGAGGAGCCCUAGAACACGAAUGGUGGCAUGUUGAUCCAAGGCCAACCGACGCACUUAAUCUGCCAGUUCAAGGUGGUGGCGCGUCCAAGAUGGCAGCUGCGGAAGCCGCCGAGCCUGGGGUUGUGGUCAACGAGGCCAAAUACAAGGGAGUUGCAAAGAAACUUGAUUUUGGGAGCAUGAAGAAAUGAAUGACUGCUCGAUUGCCUUUGCAGUGAAUGAAACGAUGACAUAUAUCUCAUGCGAACCAGCGAUCGGGCAUGGAAUCAGAGCUCCUGUUACGGCUUCUGACGCAUGUAUUGCUAAGCCGACCAUCCAGAGGUGAUGUACACUUGGACGUAAGGUCAGGUCUAUGGAUAGACUGGAAGCAUAUGGGCUAUGAUCCUCGGAAUGCUCCAGAGUACGAUGGUCUCAUCCAACUGGCAUCCGGUACAAUGCCUAUUCCAGCGAAUCAUGGGUUUUAUGAGGCGAGAAAUACCACACGCUCAUGGAUCCCUGCCGUUUCUUCCCUGAUUUAGGACAAGCACAGCCAUACAAUACACACCAUAUGGGUCUGACGAUGACAAUGAUGAGAUUGAAAUGGUCUCUUCCAGCGUGGCUACCGCAUUACAGGAUUCUCAGGGUCUUGGACAAGGUUGAGGAAGUGCUUGUCAAGACAGUUUCUCUCCUAGGCUCAUCUGCAAUGUUGAAACAGUGCGGAAUAGUAGUAGUCAGUUAAUUCAAUGACAAGAACGAUAACUGCC